UAGGAAAGGAGCAAUACCUCCUAAAUUUUCAGAUGUUGGAUCAUGAUGAAUUAUCUGUGCUGUUUACAGCCUUCCUGCUAAAUGUACACAUACUAACUGUAAAUUCACAAGAACCUUGCAGUUCACCUGAUCCCAACAUUGCUGGAAGGGUGUACGAGUCCACCUUUUCUUCUUUUGACCCAAACUCACCACUCUAUAGAACAGACACAACCAUAGAAGGAAUAAAUCAGGGAACUGAUCAGAUCUCAGGAGUCAACAUAACCUUUGUUCAAUCAGUCACUUCUACUGGUCUAGAUUUAAAUGACCUUUUUGAACUGAUUACUUUACAAGUAUCAGGCUCAACAUUUGGAUCUAGGACUUUUAUUCGAUUAAAGUCAGCAAUUGACAGAGAUGGAAGUUCCUAUAUAGCUAGUGAUGACCUUAACACUGUAGAAUUUCAAUUAUCCUGUCGUUCUUUGAAAGACCCAACGCAGACAAAGUUUUUCCUGAUGCAGUUGGAGAUUCAAGAUAUAAAUGAUAAUGCACCUACAUUUUGGAAUACUCCUUAUUCUGCUUCAGUCGAUGAGUCAUCACCAGUAGGGACAACGGUGUAUUCUGGGAUAACAGCUACAGAUCUGGAUGCAGGAAGCAACAAAGAAAUAGAAUAUGCUAUAGUUCCAGGAGAUGGAAGUAUUAAUGAUGGCUCAACCAGAUUUGCACUACUUAUCACUUCAAGAGGAGAAAUAGUUGUCAGCAAUUCUUUAGACUUUGAAUCUGUUCGGUCAUAUACCCUCUCCAUAUCUGCAACAGACAAAGCCAGCAAUGCUGCAGAAAGGAAACAGACUAUCACCACCAUCACAAUAACUAUAAGUGAUGUGGAUGAUUUAGGACCCAAAUUUGUGUAUUCCUCCUGUUUUAAUGUCUACAAUGUUUGUUUUAACCCAACUUACACAACAAGUGUCACAUCUGGGUCAACAGCUAGUGCGCUUGUUUUUAACCCAGUACCUGUGGAUUCUGGAAAUCCUAAUGCAACAGUUGACAUCAGUGCAGAGGACAGGGACACUCUUAAUGCUCCAAUCACCUUAACCAUACGACAAACCCUGCCAUCUGGAUAUGAGAACAGAUUCCAAGUGACCACACAACAAGUUUCUGGCUCAGCAAGUCAGUAUCGAGCCCUUGUAAGCCAGACAGCAUCCAUUGAUAGAUCCCAAGUUUCUGAGCUGGAACUUUUCAUUGAGGCUCAAGAAAAUGUAGCAAACAGAUACUCCAACAGAGCUACAAUAAAAUUGUCAGUUGCUGCAGCCAAUAACAAUAACCCAGUGCUUAGUGUACCUUUCCAAGGAUACAUUUACGAAAAUUCACCAGUAGGAACCAUACCAAGGAAUAUUGAUGGAUCUAGCCUAUUAAAAAUCACUGUUACUGAUCCUGACUUGAUUGUAGGUGAGACUGGACAAUACACCUUCACUGUCAACACAGGACAGUUUAGAGUGAACAGUGAAGGAUAUGUAGAAGCAGCUGCCAUACUAAACUAUGAAUCCACUCCAACUGUCACUUUCACUGUGACAGCAACUGAAGUUGGAACCCAGAACCCAAGAAGUGGAACUGUACAGGUCACUGUUAAUGUGCGAGACCUGAAUGACAACACUCCAGUAUUUGGUGCUCCGAGAUAUGUAGACACUAUAACAGAGGGGGACUAUACUACAAACAAUCAAGUUUUGCUGGAUGUCUCAGCCAGUGAUGCAGAUAGCAGAGCAAAUGGUUACAUUGUUUACACCAUACAAAGUGUCUCAAACAAUGGGGCUUCCAAGUUUUCAAUCCAGCCAAAUUCAGUUACGGGAGCGGCAACAAUAAGUUGUAGAGGAAGUGUAGCAGAGGGGGAAAUUUACGUCAUCAUGGUCGCUGCAACAGACCAAGGUCAACCUGUCUCUGAAAGAAGGACUGCCACAGUACCAGUGGAAGUGACUGUGACCCCAUUAGGAACACGCCCACCUGUCAUUGAGGCCCCGGCUUUUACAAUUUAUGUCAGUGAAGCUGUUCCAAUUGCUUCAUCUGUGUUCACUGUUCCGGCUAGGGACCCAGAAGGACUACCAUUGAGUUUCUCCAUCAUCUCAGGAAAUGUCAACAAUGACUUCGGCAUUAAUUCGACAACAUGUGAAGUGAGAACGCAAAGAGCUUUAGACAGAGAAGCUACACCUCAGUACACUCUUAAUAUUAGAGUCCAGGAUCAGAGUGGACUAUCUGCACAGACAAUUUUGACAAUUAUAAUCCAAGAUGUCAAUGAUAACAAUCCUCUUUUUACACCUGCUACUUACACCUUCUCUGUACCUGAGGGAAGAUCAAAUGAAGAUGUAGGAACAGUUACAGCAACAGAUGCUGACAAAGGUGCAAAUGCAAAUAUUAAUUACCAGAUAUCACCUUAUUCAUCUACUGGUUCUUCUGAUUUAUUUACCAUUUUACGAUCUGGGCUAAUAAGAACAACCACUCCUUUAGACUACGAAACAAGAAAUUCUCAUGUGAUUCUGCUUCUGGGCAUUGAUGGAGGAGCAAGUAGUAGAACAGGAACAGCUACUGUUACUAUCAACGUUCAUGAUGUACAAGACACCAUUCCUUUGUUUACAGAGGAUAACUUUGUUCGAUCUAUUCCUGAACGACAGUCAGUUGGUACAUCUGUUGUGCAAGUCACGGCCUUGGACCAGGAUGUAGUGGAUCAGAUCACUUACAAAUUCAGUGCAGGAGAAUUCAGUGUCUUUAGUAUCAACCAGAAUAGUGGCCUGAUUACAAACAACCAACUUCUCCAGUAUGAGACUAAAAAUAGCUAUGUGUUCCAAGUGACCACAGUUGAAGGAGAAGGUUCCAAAGCUUUGUCUGCAACAGCAACAGUCUCAAUAUAUCUAGAGGAUAUAAACAAUUAUCCUCCAGUGAUUCAGGCUGUACCUUCCAAUCUACGGUUCCUAGAAAACGUCCCAGUGGGGACCGUUCUCCUCUCCAGUAUUACAGCAACAGAUGCUGAUGCACCAAACACGGCCAACAGUCGACUGGUUUUCCGAAUUACCUCUGUGAACUCCAGUCCAACACAAAAUCAGAACAUCCUGGAAUGGUUCUAUAUCAAUCCAGCAACUGGUCAGAUCACACUGGCUAGAUCAUUUCAACAAGACCCUGGUGUUACAAGAUAUGAUAUUGUAGUGACUGUACAAGACAGUGGAGUACCCCCAUUGUCUGCUUCUACCACAGUCACCAUCACUGUGGUCAGAAACACAGCUCCAUUUUUCCCGGCUCCUAAAUCCAAGACGGUCAACAUUCUCAACAGCCACCAGGUUAAUUCUGAAGUCACCACCUACACAGCCACAGACAAUGAUAACGAGCCUCAGUUUAACCAGGUGACAUACUCCAUGAUAACAGAUGCCACUACUGGUUCCUUGUUCAGACUGGACUCUAACAGUGGACGGAUUACAUUGAUCAGCUCUCUUACAGCUGAUGAUGCUUCUCAGUAUUCCCUGAUCAUUGUAGCAAGAGACAAUGGAGGUUUGUCUGAUACAGGGACGGUUAUUGUCAGUGUGAACCGCAAUAAUGUUGACCCUCAGUGGCUUCCACUUGGUGGCCCCUACAGUGCCUCAAUCAGUGUUACUGAAAAUAGACCUGUCCUGGAAACGGUCUACACUCUGUCAGCUCAAGAUUUGGAUAUUCAGGAACCAGGUAAUACUAAAGUCUACAGCAUUUUAUCAACUGCCAGUGCUGCCCAGCAUUUCCAAAUUAACAGUCAAGGAGAAGUUCAAAUUAUUCGUUCUCUGGCCAUUGAUCGGUCUGUCAAUCAGUAUGUGCUGACCAUCCAACUAAGAGAUGGUGGAAAUAGAGUAGCAGCAAAUCAGUUCACUCUGACCGUUAACAUCAUCAGAAACUCUAAUCCUCCGGUGUUCUUUGACACUUCAUAUUACAAAGAAAUUGAAGAGACAUUAAGUGUAGGCUCCAGUAUUCUACAAGUACGGGCCAGUGAUCAGGAUCCUGAAUUACAGUUCAGAACAAUAACCUUUACACUGCUAGCCAACACUGCUGGAAAUAACCUGUUUUCAAUGGAACCAGCGACUGGUAUCGUUAGAGUGAAGAGUGCACUGACUGGAGACCCAACUGUUACCUUAAAUAUGGUAGCAGUUGCUACAGAUGGUGGUAGUCCCUCUCAGUCUGCUAAUGCAAUGGUUACCAUCAAGGUGAAUAGGAACCGGAACACUCCAGUGUGGAAUACACUGAACUAUCAGACAACCAUCUUGGAAACACAGGCAGUUGAUGUACCGUUAACUCUUAGUCCAGGUGCCCUUACAGCCACAGACAGUGAUGCCCAGCCACCCAAUAACCAAGUCAACUAUCGCUUGAAAGCUGUUGUGGCCAGCGCAGGGUUGACAACAUAUCCAAGUGAACAGGGCAACUUUGCUGUCAGUAGCAAUGGACAGGUGACAGUCAGAAGUCCAUUAAAUGGACUUUCUGCCACAACCUAUCAGUUGCUAGUAGAAGCCUAUGAUUUGGGAGAUCCAUCCAGGACUAGCUCAAGCAAUGCCACAGUCACUGUUAAUGUGCAGCGUAACAGAGCACCGUCCUUCCCCUCGUCAUCUUAUGCCUUUACCAUGAGGGAGGAUGCUACAGUCACUCCUGCUACCACAAUUGGACAGGUUUCUGCAACUGAUCCAGAUACCGGAAUCCCUCAAUUCAAUACACUGUCAUAUGUCAUCGAAUCUCUGGGAGUAGGGUCACCCUCUGUAUAUUUCAACAUAGACUCCAAUGGCCGCAUCACAUUACGAAAUCUUGUAGGAGGAAUAUCCCAGUCAGAAAUUAGGUUUUUGGUACGAGUUUCAGACAAUGGAGUUCCAUCCCUGUCUGAUGAGGCAGUAGUCACCAUUACAAUAAACAGGAAUCUGUGGGCUCCAGCUUUUAGUCCUCUAAACUAUGCCAUCACCAUUCAAGAAAAUCUGCCAGCAGGAGCCGAAACAGGUGUCACAGUGUCAGCAACUGACCGAGAUAUUAAUCCACCAAACAAUCAGAUUGAGUUUUCUGCGAUUGGGGACCAGACUGCUGUGCAGUACUUUGAUGUUGAAGCAACCUCAGGGAAAGUUCUGGUGAAACAGCCAUUAUACACUGCAACAGCAUCUCAAUAUCAGCUGAAGGUUAGGGUAUCAGAUAAGGCAGAAAAUCCAUUAAUUGCCCAACAAACUGCCACAGUAACUAUCACCGUGGAACGAAACCGUUUCGCACCAGUCUUCCAGAAUCUGCCCAGUACCCAGUCCCUUCCUCGGACCUCAGGAGCAGGCUUUAACGUUUUCACUGCUUUUGCCAAUGACAGUGAUACCAGAUCUCCAUUCAAUGUUGUCUCAUAUUAUUUGGUGUCUGGAACCAAUGAAUUUUCCCUCAACCCUACAACUGGUGUUGUAACCUUGCAGACAAAUUCACUUUCACAGGCUGAGUAUGUGUUGACAGUUGAGGCCAGGGAUGGAGCAAAUAUUCCCAGGAGGACCUACUCCUUACUGACGCUGAAAGUGGACAGUAACUUGGCCAAACCAGUCUGGGUGAGACCUGGUGCCGGUGAUUCAUAUGCAGCUCAGGUGACAGUUCCGGAGACCCAGGACUACGUCACUUCAGUGUACGACUUCCAAGCCAACGAUGCAGACAAUGUGAGCCCUUACAAUACUGUAAGAUAUGUGGUGGAAGGUGAAGGAAAUGCUCCAAGCUUCUUCACUGUGGCUGAUAAUGGACAAACUUUCCUAAAAACUUCUUUACUGCAAAGAACUGAGACACAAUUUGUGCUGCUGGUAAGAGCAGAAGAUGGUGGAAAUCCACCACGGCAAGCAGACAACAAAGUCAGACUGACCAUCAACAUCAUAAGGAACAACAACGCUCCUCAGUGGCAAAACCCCAUGACGUCAACUCUGAUCUCUCAACAAGCCGCUGUAGGACAGGCUGUUGGGACCUCUAUGCUGGCAACAGAUUCUGACGUCACCUUCAAUGUUGUAAGAUACGAGAUCAUUGGAGAUGGUAAUGCUGCCGCUUUCUUCACCAUUCCUAAUCCAAGCGUUGGGCAAAUCACAGUAGCAAAUUCCUUGGCCUCAUCAUCAGACCUGAUAUACUAUAUCCGAGUGAGAGCCUAUGACAAUGGAAUUCCAGCAAAAGACAAUGUCACUGUUGUGACUGUGACAGUGGAAAGGAACAACUUUGCCCCAGAGAUCACCACCGCUAAUGUUGCUGAAAGAAUCCCUGAGACACAAGAUCUUGGAGUUACUGUUGCUACAGUGAGGGCUCAGGAUAGGGACACACAGUCUCCACACAACCAGAUCAGAUUCAGAUUGUUUGCUACACAACCAGCUUCUGAUUAUUUCGACCUGGACAUUUUAACUGGAAACAUUUAUGUGAAAAGGGAACUUACAUUAGAUACAGCCACUAGAUAUCAGAUGAGUGUACAAGCUUAUGAUAUGGGGAGUCCCUCCAAAGCUUCGUAUACUAAUGCCACAGUGACAAUAGAUGUGUACAGGAAUUUAUAUGCUCCAUUCUUUACUGGUGGACCAUUUUUUGCAAGCAUUCUUGAGACCGUUGUCGUUGGAACAUUCGUACUUCAAGUCACCUUUGGAGAUUCCGAUAAUAGUUUGCGAUUAUUGGCUGAGGACGGAGGCUCACCAAGGAAAACGGCUAUAGCGACAGUAUUCAUUACUGUAAACAGAAACCUUGCUGCACCCCAGUUUAACCCUGCUUCUUACACCCAGACAAUUGUAGAGAAUUUUCCAGUUGGCAGUGAAAUUGUUACAGUAACAGCCACCGACAGUGACCGUCAUUUACAAAUCAUUGCAACUGACGAAGGAAUUCCGCCGUUGCUUGGACAGGGAACAGUGAUAGUAAACAUUAUAGAUUCACCAUAUACAAACGAAAGCUGUGAAACAAAUUUACACCCUCCAAUAUUUACAGCACCUUUAUAUUUUGUUAAUGUACUAGAGGGAGACUACUCAUUCAACAACCAAUUGCUCUUACAAAAAUACCCAACGCAAACAAAGUUUUUCGUAAUGCAGUUGGAGAUUCGAGAUAUAAAUGAUAAUGCACCUAUUUUUACAAAUGCCUCUUAUUCUGCUUCAAUCCUAGAGUCAGCACCAAUGGGAACAAUAGUGUAUUCUGGGGUAAUAGCUACAGAUCUGGAUGCAGGAAUCAACAAAGAAAUCGAGUAUACCAUAGCUCAAGGAAAUGAAAGCUUACCAAUGCAGUACUUUGAUAUUGAAAAGAAAUCCGGGAAAGUUUUUUUGAAACAAGGAUUAUGCGCGACAACAAGUUCUCAAUUCCAGUUUAGUGUGAUUGCGAAAGAUAACGGUUCCCCUCCAUUAACUGGAGAAAGUAUGGUGACUAUUCAAAUAAUCAGGAAUUCCCAACCUCCAGUGUUCCUAAACACACCCUAUAGAUCCGCCAUAACCAGAGCUGUCCAGGACAACUCGGCCUUACCCGGAGUCAGUGUAGCAACCACGGACGCUGAUACAGUGAGCCCCUUCAAUGUUGUCUCAGUGUCGGUGAUCGGAGACGAUUCCGCAGUUACUCUAUUCAGACUGGAUGGAUCCAACAUUCGGGUUCAGAAUGCAGCUAAUUUGGCAGCAGACACUGCUAAUACUUACAAGUUGCGAUUAUUGGCUGAGGACGGAGGCUCACCAAAGAAAACUGCGACAGCGACUGUAGACAUUACUGUAAAUAGAAACCUUGCUGCUCCUCAAUUUAACCCUGCUUCAUACACCCAGACUAUCAUAGAGAAUUUCCCAGUUGGCAGUGAAAUUGUUACAGUAACAGCCACCGACAGUGACCCACAGGCACCAAACAACCAGUUCAAGUUCAGUAUUGUACCAGGAACAAAUGCAGAUACUUAUUUCUAUAUAAACCCAGACUCCGGUCGAAUUUCUCUCAAGCAGUCAAUUAAGGGAACAGGACUCCAACAAUUCAUAUUCCGAGUGGCGGCUACAGAUGAGGGCACACCAUCACAGAGUGGACAAGCUACGGUGACUGUGGACGUAACAAUUGAUGACACUCUAAGGUUCACACAGUUACAACCAUACACUGCCAGCAUUGAUGAGAAUGACCCUGUGGAUCGGAGUUUCAUCACUGUUACUGCCACUCCUCAGCCUAACAUCAAAUAUUCCAUAGUUGGCUAUAGUGAUAGUCCAGAUUACUUCAAAAUUGAUGAGAACACUGGUGCCAUUUCUGUGAAAACUGACCUCCGCACUGAUUUGUCCAAGAGAACAACAUAUUUGAUUCUAGUGAGAGCCGAGAAGCAGUUCCCCAAUGGACUGCAGUCAGCAGAAAACACAGUGAAUGUGACAGUGGCCAGAAACAUCAAUCCUCCUGUAUUCAAUUCCACUGUGUAUAGAGCAAGUAUUGAUGAGAAGUACAACUUGGGGCGGUCUGUGGUACAAGUGUUUGCUACUGACGCUGAUACUCAGGAUGUCCUAUUGUACUCCAUUAUUGAGCAAACUGGGGAGACAGAACCAUUUUACAUGGCUGCCAGCACAGGAGUUAUUACCCUUAGGCAGCUUUUAGCUGGCACAUCCAAAACCACAUACACAUUCACUGUGCGAGUUCGUGAUCAGUCCAAACCUGAGAAAUCUGCACUGGCCCAAGUGGAGAUCACAGUAAGAAGAAACACAAGCCCUCCAGCAUUUCUAAGACAGCAGUAUGGAACAGGCAUUGACUAUAACCAGGCUCUGGGACCAGUGAUAUCUACCUCAGCAGUUGAUCCCGAUCUGUCUGGAACACUUAUAUAUGAAGUUAUCGGAUACAUGUCAGCUCCGGGAUAUUUCAGUGUGAACGCCAACGGACAAGUUAGUCUAAUAGCCAGUUUAGCCAGUGAUACAGCAACAACAUACACUCUUGGGCUGACAGCUUAUGAUAGUGACUAUCCCAAUGACAAGGCUUAUGCUAAUGUUACCAUCUCUGUUAACCGUAACCCUAACGCUCCAAGCUUCACCAGUCCCUCCUACAGUAGAACCAUCAACGAAAGUUACCCACUGGCCGUCAGUCUUGUGCAGAUCAGUGGACAGGAUGCAGAUCAGCAUGCCAUUGAGUACAUACUGGAAUCCAGCAAUCCUGUGGAAGGCACCAAUUUCUUCUACUUGAACCCAGCCACUGGACUAUUGACUGUGUCCAGACCACUCACUGAGACUAGUACACAAAUCUUCACCCUUCAAGUUCGUCUGAGAGACAAUGGAAUUCCACCAAAAUCUUCAGCAGUGUCUGCUCCUGUUACAAUCACAAUUACAAGGAAUGACAAUGCUCCUAUUUUUGCUGGGCCUUUUACAACUACUAUUCCAGAAACAAGACCUAUUAGUACUGGAGUUCUAACAGUUACGGCCACAGAUGGAGAUUCAAAUUUAUCACCAUAUGGACAACUAAGAUAUAAACUAAUAGGAGAUGGAGAUUUCCAGCAGUUCUUCAACAUUGAUGCAACAUACUGUGAAACAUCACAGGUCAAGGAAAACAGCAUUAUGAAAUUUUUUUUAUGACAGGGUCGCAUUGUGGCUGAGGACGGAGGCUCUCCUCCACGAUCGGCCACCGCCAUAGCAACCAUCAACAUCCAAAGAAAUCUUAAUCCCCCAGUGUUCACCCAGACCGAUUAUAGCAUCUCUAUCUACGAGACUCAGCAAGUGGGACAAAAUGUCAUUACUGUCACUGCCACUGAUGCUGAUCAAAUUAGACCUAAUAAUGAAAUCAACUAUGAGAUGACAGAUACCACACCCAACCUGAAUGGGGCUGGCUUGAACUUCUUCAGUAUUAGAUCUGAAAACAACAGGGGCCUUAUAUCCAUUGUUCUACCCUUGUAUACUGACAAUCAAGAUACACCAGUGUACACAUUUUCCGUGAGGGCUCGUGACAAUGGAAGUCCUACUCAGUUUUCUGUGGAUCAAGCUACAGUAAGGAUCACCGUGUACAGAAACUUAUUCCCACCCAUCUUCCAAGGGACACCGUACACAGCUACUCUUAACUUCAACAGUGUCAGUGGUAUCACUGUCAAACAAGUCAAGGCCAAAGAUGCUGAUGCACAGAGUCCCCACAACGUUGUGACCUACUCUAUCAUUGGUGAUGCUACAGCACAAACUUUGUUCAGCAUUAACGCUGCCAGUGGUUUGAUCACAACUCGUCAGAGUCUGCUCAAUAACAAUGUGGAAUCCUCUUCAAUUCUGAUUGAGGCUAGAGAUGGGGGCACUCCCAGUCUAUCUGCCACAUCUACAGUAAGCGUCACCAUUUCCAGAAAUCUGAACCCCCCAGAGUGGGUCAACACAUCUUACACAGUAAACAUUACAGAAAUCCAAGAUCUGGGAGUCACUAUCACCAACAUGAAUACAAGGGAUGCUGAUACUGCGUUGCCAUACAACACAAGGAUUACAACUUUGACGGGAGAUGCCGACAUGCUGCAAUUUUUCAGACUGACAGAGGAUGGUAGAUUGUCAGUUCAAAGACCUUUGACACUUUCAACAAGGAGAUCAUUCACAGGAACUGUAUCUCUACAAGAUGGAGGAUAUCCUCCCCUGACACCCACUGGAGUUAAAACAGCCACCAUCACAGUGUAUGUGUCCAGAAAUGACCACACCCCUUAUUUUAUCAACGACCCAUACUCCAAGGACUUGGAGGGUAAUAUUCAGACUGGGGCCAGUGUUCUACAGGUCACUGCCAGGGACAAUGAUCAGGGUCCGUUUGGUAUUGUUCGAUACAGAGUAACUGGAGACGAUCUGGCACCUACCUAUUUCCAGGUUGACCCCACGUCUGGUUUGAUUACUGUUAGGAACGUCUUAAGUGGUGUUAAUCAAGAUCAGUUUAAGGUAAGAAUAGAAGCCUAUGACCAGGGAAGCCCCAGCAAGACCAAUGUUACAGUCGUAACCCUGACAGUAAAAAGCAACUAUCAACGUCCAAUCUUCAACCGUCUUUCGUAUGUGGCACGAAUCCCAGAAACACAGAGUCUAGGUCAACAGAUUAUUGCAGUGACUGCAAAUGACACUGACGCAUUGACACCAAAUAAUGUUGUGAGAUAUUCCCUGACUGCUGGACCAGAGGAUAUUGAGUGUUUCCUUAUUGAUGCUGUGACGGGAAGUCUGUCUUUGAGACGGUCCCUCCUGUAUGACCCAUGUAGAAGUGAUAUAUAUCAGAUUACCGUUACUGCCACAGAUCAAGGUUUGAAUCCUCUCUCUAAUUCAAUUACCAUCACGGUGGAUGUGGAUCGCAAUGCCAAUCCCCCUAUCUUCCAAAACAUUCCCACGAUCAUUUCCAUCAAUGAGAAUCAACUCGCUGGACAGAGCCUUUUCACAGUCACUGCCACAGAUGCAGAUACAGUGAGUCCCUUCAAUGACAUCAGAUACUCCCUGGUGGGCGAUGGCACAGCGACUGUGUACUUCCAAGUAGAUCAAUCAACAGGCCUUGUUACUCUGAGACAGACCGUUCAGGCUGACAAAGCUUCUACAUACAGGCUAUGGUUACUGGCAGAAGACGGGGGAUCUCCUAAGAAAUUUGCUUUUGAAUCAUUGGAUAUUACUGUGAAUAGAAACCUUGCUGCACCGAAGUUUAAUCCUGCUACAUUCGGCAAGACUAUUUUAGAGAAUUUCCCAGUUGGCAGUGAAAUUAUAACAGUAACAGCCACCGACAGUGACUCACGGGCACCAAACAACCAAUUCAAGUUUAGUCUGAAAGGAGAUGCACCUGUAGAUGAUUACUUCUUUAUAAAUCCAGACUCUGGUCAAAUUUCUCUAAAACGGACAGUCAGGGGAAGUGGAUUUGAUCAAUUUAUUAUACAAAUCAUAGCAACGGAUCAAGGAACUCCGCCAUUGCAAGGACAAGCCACAUUAACAGUACAAAUUCAAUUUUCACCUUAUUCAAACGACAGCUGUGAAUUUAAUAUCUAUCCCCCAAUAUUCACAGCACCGUUAUAUUUUGUGAAUAUAUUGGAAGGAAACUACACGAAAAACAACCAAUUUCUUGUACAGAUUUUAGCCUCAGAUGAAGACAGGGGGAGGAAUGGUGAAAUAGUAUUUGACAUCCAAAGUGUUUCAAACAACGGAGCCGAAAAGUUUAACUUAGUUCUAACCGAACAAGAUGAGAAAAUUGCAGUUGUGUGCAUCAGUAGUAUAUCUAGAGGUGAAACCUAUGUUAUAAUGCUCCGUGCAACAGACAGAGCAUUCCCAAUUUAUAGAAGAAGAAGUUCUUCCGUUCCAAUAGAAGUUAAAGUCGGUCCGUUUUUAGUACAUUAAUGUGGAUAAAAGCGGGUUC